UUAAAGCUUUACUGUUACCACAAGAGGGCGACAGACAAUAUUUCCAACAGUAAAUGUUAUCGUCAGCAUUUGUAUAGACAUUAUUUAAAGUGUGUCUUGGUUGUAAAAAAACCAAGCCAACAUUUCUUAUAGCCUCUCAAAAUGUCUUCGUGAUACAAUUGGAGGUAAAGUAAUGCACGUUGUUUUGUUAUAAUCAUAUUAAAGCCAGUUUCUAAGAUUUAAUUUCCAUUAAAUACAUAUAUUUUGAAUGAUAUAAAAAAACAAGGACCAUUUUCUUUGUUAAUGUUUUUGUUGUAGAGGACUUUAUAAGCUAAUUAUUUGUAUGACUUCAAAUCUUUUUUAGAGUAAUACAUUGUUCUCAUUGAAUGACAUUGUUGUUUUAAGCAUGUGAAAAUGCAAUGGGAUGCAUUUGCUCCAUGGUGUAUGUUUUUCGUGUGUGCCCCCCGUCUUUGAUGGACUAUGGCAUUUCUGAUGAUAUACAUUCUAAAAGAUAAUUAUGGCCUAUUGAACAGAGCAUUUUUAGAGAAGGAGAAAAAUAGAUACUGCGAGAAUAGAGAAUAAACCUGAGAUACUGAGUCACCUGGAGAGGCAGAUAGGGAGAGUAGUCUACACAGCAGAAAAUGAGGUGUGGAGGAGAGAGAAACACAGAGAGAGAUACAUGAUGGGGAUUGUUGGCUGCACCAGGCAGCAAAGAGUUAACUGAGGUGGAACGCCAAGAGGACAGCCAAUUCCCACAGUCAACAAUGGAAGGAGCUGCAGUAGAUGAGCGGCUCUCCUACUCUUCCCUCCUCCCCUUACUAACUAACAUCAUGCUCACACAAAGGAACAUGGUAGAGGUACUCAUCCCUGAGAUACAUGAGGAAUUCCAUACCUAGUCACUGGGACCUGACCUUACCAAUGCUCAUUGUUCACAAGAGAAGCACUACAUACAGAAGAUUGAAAAAAGAGAAGAGAGCGCGCAUUGGAAGAACACCAGAUGUUAUAGAGAAUCCUUUACUUAACUUCCACAACUGAUUCUACUGUCACUCUCAGCUGUGGGGGAGAAGCUGGACGUGUUGAUUGAAUAACUUCCCAUCCAACAAUGCCAUGGUUCAUGGGGUGCCAUUCAUGAGAAGUAUUAUCUGGAUCACCUCCUACCUAAGCGUUUAGCCUCUUGUGAAACAAAGUUACGACAUCAUCAUCACUGUCAGUGAGACGUGUGCAGGCACCAAGGUAAUAGGAGCGGCAAUGGGACACAGCCUCGAGGACCACCACUCUACAUGUUUCGGGGGACGUUUCCCUUCUCUGCACCCUAGAGAGGAUAAGGAGUUGUGAGCAGGAGGUGUCUUGGUGAUUAAAAGUUUUGGUUCAGGUUGAAGGUCAAAAGGAAGUCAUGGUGUCCGUGGGGAGAAUCAGAAUUGUUCUCUGCUGCGUAUUGAUGAAUGUCAGUGCAGUGAUAGACUCUGAUGAUGUCAUCACACGAGACGAGCAGAUUUACCUCCUGAUUGGUCCCCGUGCCAAGUGUGAGAGGAUAAUCCAUUCACAGCUGGCCAUAGUCAAAGAAGAUGACUGUGUACCGGAGUGGGAUGGGAUUAUCUGCUGGCCCAGAGGGAAGCCUAGUCAGCUGGUCUCGGUGCUAUGUCCAGAAUACAUCUACGACUUCAACCACAGAGGUCAAGCCUAUCGUCAGUGUGAUGCCUCAGGGAACUGGGAGCAGGUGCCUAGCAUCAACCGCACCUGGGCCAACUACACUGAGUGUACCACCUACCUGUUGUCUAGCCAUAGAAGCCAGGAGGAGGAGGUGUUUGAGCGGCUACACUUGAUGUACACCAUUGGCUACUCCAUCUCUCUGGUAUCCCUACUGGUGGCUGUCUCGAUUCUCUGCUACUUCAAGCGUCUCCACUGUACACGGAACUACAUCCACAUUCACCUCUUCACCUCCUUUGUGUUUCGGGCCAUCAGUAUCUUUGUGAAGGAUGCUGUCCUCUAUGCCAUGUCUGACGACGGAAAGACUGAAGCAGAGGAAUUGGCAGAGAGACCCCAUAUGGUGGGCUGUAAGGUGGCCGUUACUCUCUUCCUGUAUUUCCUGGCGACCAAUCACUACUGGAUCCUGGUGGAGGGGCUGUACCUGCACAGCCUCAUCUUCAUGGCCUUCCUCUCAGACAAGAACUACCUGUGGGCGCUCACCAUCAUCGGCUGGGGUGUCCCUGCGGUGUUUGUGUCCAUUUGGGUCAGUGCGCGAGCAUCAUUGGCAGACACACAGUGCUGGGACAUCAGUGCGGGAAAUCUGAAGUGGAUCUAUCAAGUCCCAAUUCUUGCAGCCAUUGUAGUGAACUUCUUCCUGUUCCUCAACAUCAUACGAGUGUUGGCCUCUAAGCUGUGGGAGACCAACACAGGCAAACUGGACCCCCGUCAGCAGUACAGGAAGCUGUUGAAAUCCACCCUUGUCCUGAUGCCCUUGUUUGGAGUGCACUAUAUGGUGUUUAUGGCUCUACCCUACACUGAGGUUACGGGCCUGUUGUGGCAGGUGCAGAUGCACUACGAGAUGUUCUUCAACUCUUCCCAGGGAUUCUUUGUGGCAUUCAUCUACUGUUUCUGCAAUGGGGAGGUGCAGGCGGAGGUAAAGAAGGCAUGGCUACGGCGGAGCCUGGCCCUGGACCUCAAACAGAAGACCCGGGUGACCAGCAGUGGGGGCGGGGGCAGCUGCUACUAUGGCGGCAUGAUGUCACACACCACCACCCACAGCGUGAGUCUGACUGUGGCCAAUCCCAGAGGAAUGUCCCUGAAUGGGGGAGGGGCCCCCGGGGUGGGAGGAGCUGGGGGAAGCUAUGGGGGCGGGGGAAGCAGGCAGCCACGCCUCACCUCCACCUUCCACCCCCUCACCAACCUGCCAGGUUACGUGCCCAGCAACACGGAGACCCCCAGGCAGAAACUUGUAAUUUGGAGGCCUGGGGUGAGGGCUGGAGCUGGGGCCGCUGUUGAUGCCUUUCCCAGGCACCCCGGGGCUGCUAGCGAGGGGAUCCAAGGAGGUGGUGGAGCCAAGACAGAGACUGCAGUCUCUGUGCCCCAGCGGUUGGGAGACGAGGAUCCCUGCUGCUCUUUGUCUCUAAAGGAACUAGAGACCAUCUUGUGAACUGGAACUGUUAGAUGGUGUCUAACAGUGAGAGCAGCACUUAUCCAGAUUCCUGCCAUGGAUCCAUAUCAAGGCUCCAUUCAAGUGAUCUCCAAUGACCUAUUUGAAUCUCCCCUGAAUCCCUUGUUUGAUUGACUGAUGUCUGAAGACUUAGCUACGUACAUUUAGUUGCGGUUAAAGAAUCAUUGUCUGUAAACUGGUCUGAUGACACGAUUACCAAUGGAACAUUGGUCCAUUGAUCAUGAAGAAAUAACAUGUACCUUUAGCAUAAUUGGUGAUUUAAUCAGUGGUUGUAAUAAAGAACCCAAUGACUAGUGAGUUGCUGCAUGCCUUUCUACACGUGUCAUAUUUGUUUGUCAGGUGCAUUUGGUAUCAUCGUUAGUCAGACUAUUGUUUUUCCUUUUAUAUUUGCCUGUUUGUCUGCUUGUCUGCUUUCUCUGAUCUCUUCUCUGUCUGCAUAACAAUUCAUGCACUAUUUGUCUAUUGUAGUGAGAUGUAAUUUUUAUCGGAGAAAAACGUGGAAAUUAAGCUUUUACAGCGAUGAAUAAGCAGCAGUAGGCUGCAUUUGAAGGCAUCCUUACCUGAGGCCCAUCACCCAACGAGCAAAACUAGUGCAUUUAAAAUCCCAAUACACUUUACCAUAAAACAAUAAUAGAUUAAUAAAAUAACAAAAACACAUGUCUAAAACAGUAAAAUAUCAGCUCAGGAUUGACCUUCUUUACAGAUUUACCUUCUUUACAGAUGUAAAGAAAUGUUUAUUUUGGAUAGUGAUAGCACACUUGAUAUGUACAGUGCAUUCGGGAAAGUAUUCAGACCCCUUCACUUUUUCCACAUUUUGUUACGUUACAGCCUUAUAUUAAAUUGAUAAAAAUAAAAAAAAACAUCAAUCUACACACAAUACCCGAUAAUGACAAAGCAAAAACAGGCUUUCAUGUUUUCAAUUUUUGCAAAUGUAUUAAAAAUAAAACAAACGUAAAUAUCACAUUUACUGUACAUAAGUAUUCAGACCCUUUACUCAGUACUUUGUUGAAGCACCUUUGGCAGCGAUUAUAGCCUUGAAUAUUUUGGGCACACCUGUAUUUGGGGAGUUUCUCCCAUUCUUCUCUGCAGAUCCUCUCAAGCUCUGUCAGGUUGGGUUGGGAGAGUUGCUGCACAGCUGUUUUCAGUUCUCUCCAGAGAUGCUCGAUUGGGUUCAAGUCCAGGCUCUGGCUGAGCCACUCAAGGACAUUCAGAGACUUGUCCCGAAGCCACUCCUGCGUUGUCUUGGCUGUGUGCUCAGGGUCGUUGUCCUGUUGGAAGGUGAACCUUCGCUCCAGUCUGAGGUCCUGAGUGCUCGGGAGCAGGUUUUCAUCAAGGAUCUCUCUGUAGUUUGCUCUGUUCAUCUUUCCCUCGAUCCUGACUAGACUCCCAGUCCCUGCUGCUGAAAAACAUCCCCACAGCAUGAUGCUGUCACCAUACUUCACUGUAGGGAUGGUGGCAGGUUUCCUUCAGAUGUGACGCUUGGCAUUAAGGCCAAAGAGUUCAAUCUUGGUUUCAUUAGACCAGAGAAUCUUGUUUCUCAUGGCUUGGUUUAUGCUCUGAGAUGCACUGUCAACUGUGGGACCUUAUAUAGACAGGCGUGUGCUUUUCCAAAUCAUAUCCAAUCAAUUUUAUUGAGUCUCAUAGCAAAGGGUCUGAAUUCUUAUGUAAAUAAGUUAUUUCUGUUUUUAUUAUGAAUACAUUUUCAAAAAUUACAAAAAAACUAUUUUCACUUUGUCAUUAUGUGGUAUUGCUUAUAGAUUGUGAGAUGUUUUAUUUAUUUUUUCCUUUUAGAAUAAGGUGUAACGUAACAAAAUAUGGAAAAAGUGAAGGGGUCUGAAUACUUUCCGAAUGCACUGUAUGUAAUUGGCUAUAUUAGGCAGUCAGGUUUGUAUUGUAAUUUAAAAAGAAUCAAAUGAAGAAUUGUAUAUUUCAAUCCUUAAAGAUCACUCACCCUUUUGUAACACCUCUUUUCAGUGUUUAUCUUUGGGGAAAAGUGUUGACAGAUUAUGUACGGUAUAUUGUGGUAUUGAUUACAUAAACCAUGCAUUGUCAAACUCUUACUCCAUAGAAUUGCAUUUUUGCUCUUCAGUCUUGCUCACCUUUUGAGCAAAUAGAGGCUUGUCAAGGGGUAUUGGGGAUGUACAGUACAGUUGUGGGCACUACAACGUUUUGGAGAAGAUAAAAGUGCCACAUUUCUAAUGGUGUGAAGUACUUAUGUAAAAAUACUUUAAAGUACUACUUAAGUCGUUUUUUGGGGUAUCUGUACUUUACAUUACUAUUUACUCCACUACCUUCCUAAAGAAAAUAAUCAACUUUUUACUUGAUACAUUUUUCCUGACACCCAAAAGUACUCGUUACAUUUCGAAUGCUUAGCUGGAGAAGAAAAUGGUGCAAUUCACAUACUUAUCACGAGAACAUCCCUGGUCAUCCCUACUGCCUCUGAUCUGGUGGGCUUACUAAACACAAAAAUGCUUCAUUUGUAAAUGAUGUCUGUUGGAGUGUGCCCCUGGCUAUCCAUAAAUUUAAAAAACAAGAAAAUCGUGCCGUCUGGUUUGCUUAAUGUAAGGAAUGUGAAAUGAUUUAUACUUUUACUUUCGAUACUUAAGUACAUUUAAAACCAAAUACUUUAAGAUUUUUUACUCAAGUGGUAUUUUACUGGGUGACUUUUACUUGAGUCAUUUUCUAUUAAAGGUAUCUUUCCUUUUGACAAUUGUGUAGUUUUCCCACCACUGCACAUUGCUGGAUGUGUUUUCACUCCACUGUCUUAACUCCAUGCCAAGGCAUGCCAGGCCAGGCUUGGGCAAACAGGGCCAGUGUCUGCACAGAUUAUGUGCACAAGUAGCCCAAGAGCAUUUUCAGUCCUGCUGCCUCAAAAGAGAAGUCAAAAAGAGAGAAAAGUGGCUUUCGUAAAAUAACUUCUUAUUCCCACAGGUUAGGUACUGUUACAGGAGGCCCGGAGACUUUCUGUGUCCUUUGUUAGAGUGAGUAAGUAAAUAAAUGGUUGAUGGGAUGGGGAGAUGGAGGAAUGGAUAAAUGGUGAAUGGGUGGUUAAAAGGCUGAAUGGGGCACAUGGUGAGGGAAGACGUGCAUUAAGAUGCAUUAGACAGACAGAUUGAUAGACAUUUUUGUUGUUGUAGACAAAUGGACCUGAUCUGAAGAUUUCAGCGCCACCGCCACAACUUUAGGUGGGCAAGAAAGGUGCCCCUUGAAGUAGCCAGACAUUGCAAUUAGUUGCCACUGAAACGUUCCAAUGUACACUGAGGUGUCAGAACAGCAACACCUUUUUUUCCAAUUAGCAAUCGGAAAGUGCGGCUCCUGAACAGUUGCUCUGAUGUGCAAAAAAAGUGAGACUUUGUGAUUUUUCCCAUCUUGGA